AAAGGUGGGGCUCCCUUCUGGGACCCCUGGAAACAGGUCCACAGCCUUCCCGGGAGAUGGAAGCCCCCCACUUCCCUUCUCCCCCUCCUCCCCUCGGUACACCCCAAACUCAGCGUUCCAGCCAGAGUGGCGGACACACACAGGGACUCCAGGCUCCUGGGAAACAGGUUUUGAAUUUGGAGCACAAAGAGAAACGUGUCGCGGUUUAGGUCUAAAACCGUUCUGGGGGGGGGUACCCCCACGCCCCCACACCCAUGCCCACGCCCAGAGCGGGGGACCAGAGAGAUUCCUUGGAAAUCCUCUAGUCCGAGUCCUUCCUUCUAAAGCUGAGGGAACUGAGGGCGAGGAGGAGAAAUGGGAGAGGAGAAGAAGCCGCCCGAGGCAGCCAGGCAGGAGGCGCAGGCUGCUCCCUCCGAGGGGGUCAGAGGAGGAUGGGAGCCCACAAGGGCAGGGAGCUGAGCAGGAAGGAGACAGUGGCCUGGACAGAAGCAGCUGAUGUCACUAGCAGUUGUGAGCGGCCGCCUCUCCCGGGGACAAUGUGGAACUGAGAGGCCCAGCCACCCCCCCAGCGCUGCAGGACAGACCCCAGAGUUUUGUCUCCUUUCAUUUCAUGCUCACCAACUCCCGGGAAAGGCUACGAGAGAGAGCCGGCGGCCAUCAGGCCAGGUGGAUGCACUGUCGGGCCACCUCCUUGGUGGCAGUCUCCCCAGACAGGAUGAGUGGCUCUGACCCAGGGCUCGAAGAGGAGCCGGAGCUGAGCAUCACCCUCACGCUGCGCAUGAUCAUGCACGGAAAGGAGGUGGGCAGCAUCAUUGGAAAGAAAGGGGAGACGGUAAAGAGGAUCCGAGAGCAGAGCAGUGCCCGGAUCACAAUCUCAGAGGGCUCCUGUCCAGAGCGGAUCACCACCAUCACUGGCUCCACGGGUGCCGUCUUCCAUGCUGUGUCCAUGAUUGCCUUCAAACUGGAUGAGGACCUAUGUACAGGCCCCCCAAAUGGUGGCAGCAUCUCUAAACCCCCAGUUACCCUUCGGCUGGUCAUUCCAGCCAGUCAGUGUGGUUCCCUCAUUGGGAAGGCAGGGACCAAGAUUAAGGAGAUCCGGGAGACUACAGGGGCUCAGGUCCAGGUGGCUGGAGACCUGCUUCCCAACUCUACAGAGCGGGCAGUCACCGUUUCUGGUGUCCCCGAUGCCAUCAUCCUCUGUGUGCGCCAGAUCUGUGCAGUGAUUCUAGAGUCCCCUCCCAAAGGAGCUACCAUCCCUUACCACCCCAGCCUCUCCCUGGGCACCGUCCUGCUCUCCGCCAACCAGGGUUUCUCUGUUCAGGGCCAGUAUGGGACAGUGACUCCAGCAGAGGUCAGCAAGCUCCAGCAACUGUCAGGCCAUCCUGUACCUUUUGCUUCACCCAGUGUGGUGCCAGGCCUGGAUCCCAGUGCCCAGACCAGCUCCCAGGAAUUCCUGGUUCCCAAUGACCUGAUUGGCUGCGUGAUCGGACGUCAGGGCAGCAAGAUCAGUGAGAUCCGGCAAAUGUCGGGGGCGCACAUCAAGAUUGGGAAUCAGGCGGAGGGCUCCGGGGAGCGGCACGUCACCAUUACGGGCUCCCCGGUCUCCAUCGCCCUGGCCCAGUACCUCAUCACUGCCUGUUUAGAGACGGCCAAGUCUACCUCAGGAGGGACGCCAGGCUCGGGUACUGCAGACCUGUCAGCCCCCUUCUCCCCGCCCCUGGCCCCGUCACCAGCCCUGACCGCCCUGCCUGCGGCCCCUCCCGGCCUUCUGGGCACCCCCUACGCCAUCUCCCUUUCCAACUUCAUCGGCCUCAAGCCCGUGCCCUUCCUGGCUCUGCCCCCGUCCUCACCCGGGCCACCUCCCAGUGGCCUCACUGCCUACACCGCCAAGAUGGCAGCUGCCAAUGGCAACAAGAAGUCAGAGAGGCAGAAGUUCUCCCCUUACUAAAGCCAGGGAAGGAGCCUGGAGCCGGGAGCCAGGGAGCGACACCGCAGGGCGGGAAACAGCUCUGACUCCUGCUCCUUGGGAGCCCCAUCCUGCUUAUCCUCGACCCCCACCCCAACACAUACACACUAGGGGCCAAGGCAGUUCCCUAGCCCUGUUGACACCCAUACGCAUGGAUUUUAGGGCCCCCUUGGCCUCCGCUAGUGCCGUCCAACCAGGAUCUCUUAUCUCAGGCCAAGCUGUGGGGUGGGGGGGAGGUGCUGACCCAAUUCUAGGAAGCCAGAGGGAGAUGGCAGAGACAGUUAUGUAGCCCCCAAACAACUGCCUGCCCAAAGGGGACGACCCCUUUCCCUUUCCCUGUCUCCUGCUCCUCCCUGGCUGGGAUACGGGACAUCCCCGGGGAGAGAAGACCCUCCAGUGCCUCCCUUUCUGAGGGGCUCACUCACACAGGCCCCCCACAUCCUGCAGGGAAUGAGAGUUCCAAGAAGGCUCCCCCCUGUUUUCCACCCACAUAGGGCUCCUGCUGCUUAAGCAACACUCUCUUGACUGGAACAGGCUGGUGGGGUAGGGGCAUAGUGGGGGGGUGGGGUAGGGGCCAGGAUUGGGGGGCACUGCCAGGCAGCUGGGGGGGGGAAGGGGGGGAGGGGGGACGGGCGCGCUCUCAGCAGCCAAGACUCUGUACAGUUUUUUUCAAUCCAGUUUUUGAAUAAAUAUUCUCAGUGACCC